UACAUAUAUAAGAGAGUGCAAUUAACUUGCUUGUCAGUUAGCGGGCUUUUAGCGUCAAUUCGAGCAAUUUCCGAGUGAUAUUCACAAACGAACAUGAAGACUGUUAUAGCAUUGUGCCUUUUAAUUGCCUUCUAUACUGUCAAUGCUAAUCCUUUAGACAUACUGAGAGCUGGCGUGCAAAGAUCGAAAAAUCAAGUUCAGAAUAAUAUACAACAACUUGAGCGUCUCCGCAAAAACGUCGCACAGGACACAAUUUUCAAAGUCAAAAAUAACUGGAUAGAACAAAUGCGAAGACACAACGAUUAUAGCAAUCCGACACUUGAUGCGAUACGCAAUGAAGUGGAAGCGGCGAAGGCAGAGGGUAAGAAUGCGCAGCUAUGCUACGAUACCGCUUCUAGCACUUUGAGAAAUAUUUGGAAUAUAGCGUCAAAUGAUGCUCAACGAUGCGUCGACAUUGCUGAAAGCUCCAUCAAGAGCGAACUUGGUUUUAUUGACGAUCUCAGCUCAACCGGACGCACGCUGGUAGCAGAAUUGGACAGCAUCUUCCCGAACUGCAUCAGUAAUGACAUUUUCCAAGUGCAAAGAUGCGUCGCUGUCAAAUUAGGGACAGCCAACGUUGCUGUGAAAAAUUUGCAGAACAAGGCAAAUUCCGCCGAACUCACCGCCAAAUCUGCGUCCAAUAAUAUCGUUCUACAAGGAAACAAUUGCGUGUUCAAUGUUUACUCACCCGCGUUCUCGCAGAUCACACAAGUCAGAUUGGCUGCAACCAAAUGUCUCGAGGCUUUGUAGUCGAAGGGUUUAGCUCUUACUAAUAUAAAACCCCUGACUAAGAUUCUUUUGUAUUCUUUUACAUUAAUGUUUAUAUUAAUGAUUAUAUUAAUAUAAUCUUUUAUAUUAAUGUUCGAAUAAAAAUCGUUUUCGCGAGAAGACUCAUUAUGCUCAAAAUACUACUGCAUUAAAAAAGACAGCUUCACGAUUAAAGGCAUGUUCGGGGAACACGAUGUCAGUGCUAUCGCGUCAUUCUAUCCUUGUUUUACGUCUAAAGAAUGAUAAAGAUAGAGCGUGCUCCCCGAAUGCGCCUAAAGAGAGUAUCAUUUUCUUUGAUGAAAUCUGAAGACAAAUAAUUAAAAAAUUUGUUUGACAGUGCAA